AUGUCGCCGUCAGUUUCCGGCCCACCCAUUCGACGUAUCAAGUCCAAGAAUAUACUCUCUCGACCCGACCACAGCGAUCCGCUAUCGCUCGUCCUCCAGCCUCCAGUCAACGAGACGCCCAAUGAAAAGCAAGCACGUCUUCAACAGGAGAGACAGGCCAAGCAGAGAUCAGACGAGAUUGACAGAUUUCUCAAACAGCAAGACGAUUCAGCCUCUCAUGAGCUACCUUCUGCAGUCUCGGGUUCAGCCGAGGCCACCGGCAACAAGAAGGGACGUGUCUACAAGAUGGUGUUGCUCGGUCAAGCUGGGGCGGGCAAAACUACAGUGCUCAAACAGAUGAGAUUGCUGUACGACCCCCAGGCGCACGAGAGAGAGCGACAGGGAUGGGCACGUAUUGUGCUGCUCAAUCUCAUCUCGAGCGUGCGGGUCCUGCUGCAGACUCUCUCGCUGUAUCACGAUCAGAGACUUGAACGCAAGUCGGGCGAAAUGAGUCGACUCGAGGGGAAUGCUCUGCGUACAGGGGAGGACGCGGACGAAGCAACCCGCAUGGAGCUCGCAAGGGAGGUGGGACCGAAGAAUGAGAUCAACACCUCGAGCAUGCCAUGGACCGCACACAUUCCCAAAUUUGUGCAGCUGGAACAGGCGCUUCGAAGCGAGUUGGGUGCCUUCGGAGAAGAUGUGCACCUGCCGGGACACAGUGACACAGCGAAUACCAGAAUGGCAAGUCAAGCGAACAGCAGCGACAUAAGGUACAAGUCUGGCGACAAGAGCCCUCUGCUGCUCAAACCGGGCUGGCAGGCACGUCUGUUCACUUAUGCUCGUCGCUCAUUUUCUUCGGCACAAGCAACUCGAGACGGCGCACGUCGUGAAGAAGGUGUCAGUAGCGACGAUCACAGCGACGAGUCAGUGGAGCUUCUGCGCGCUGUCCAGGCGGAGGUGCUCGCUUUGUGGACCGACGACGUUAGCUGCCGCGCACUUCGCAAACGCGGUCUCUUUCUCGAUGGUCAAUCGGAUGCGGCGACAUCGUACUUCCUCGACAGCUACUCCCGCAUCGUUGAAUCAGCAUAUGAGCCAACAGACAACGACAUCUUGCAUUCGCGCGUCCGCACCGUCGGUGUUACGGAAGACGUCUUUCGCGUCGAUCGUUCGCUCAUCUAUCGCAUCUAUGAUGUCGGUGGCAGUCGAUCACAACGAGCCGCUUGGGCUCCGUUCUUGGACGACAUUGAGUCCAUUGUCUUCCUCGCGCCGCUCUCGGCCUUCGACCAGCCGCUCGUGGAGGACUCUUCGACCAAUCGACUCGCCGACACAUUCACACUAUUCAACCAGAUCGUCGCCAAUCCACUGCUGCGACACGCUUCCAUGAUUCUGUUCCUCAACAAAAUCGAUCUUCUCGAGAAAAAGCUUCGACAGGGUGUACGGCUUCAAAAGUACUGGCCAGAGUAUGUGGGGGACAACGAUUUCGAGGCGGUGUGGAGAUGGUUCAGAGCCAAAUUCAGGGACGCGUUGAGGAGGGCAGAGGACGAAGCGAGGUUGGAUCAGGGGCAGAGGAGGAGGCUGUACGUUCAUACGACGGUGGCCACCAGCACGGUGCAGAUCAGAGCGAUUCUGAUGAGUGUCAAGGAUUCGAUCCUGAGGGAAAACCUGAGGGUGACGGGUCUGGUCGGUUGA